AUGGAGAUGGAGGAGGUGCUUGCUCGACAUCGCAAAGAGAAGAAAGAGCUUCAAGCUAAAAUCCAGAACCUCAAAAAAAGUGUUCCAAAGGGUGACCGCAGUCGUCGUAAUGUGGUGCAACAGCAAAUCGAUGAACUCCAAAGACAAUUAUCCGAGCGCCAGUGUGGCGAGUUAAUGCAGUUGAAUCAUUCGCUUGAUUCAAUGAGCCUAUCGACUGUGGAUGCCGCUUUAACCAACAACAAUGUGGGCCCUCCGAAAAUGAGUAAGGCUGCGAAGCGCCGGGAAAAGGCUGCGGCUAAAGCGCGGUGUCUGACAGCUGCUGUGGAACAGGACAUUGCUAAGCACGCCUCUUCUGCCACCGCUAUUGAAUACUCAAAGCUUGAGGCGGAGUUGGCUAAACGGGGACUAACAUUGUACUCUAUUCCUUCAGAUGGCGACUGCCUGUUCGCCUCUAUAGCACAUCAGCUGGAGCUGAGAGGAUUGGACGUCUGUUUACAGGAGGCAUGCAAAAAACUCGGACUGCCGUGCCCUACAAUCGGAGACGUUAAAUCGACCAUUCGGUGCCUUCGACAAGUCGCUUCGGCGUUUAUUCGAAACCACAGUGAAGACUUCUUACCCUUCAUCUGUCUGGAGGGUCCUGAAACGAUCGAGCUCUACUGCAAGAAACUCGAAACUCCCGGAACCUGGGGCGGUCAACUGGAGAUCAAGGCGAUUUCCAUGGCCAUCGAAACUCCCAUCGAGGUUCUGCAGGCUGAGGGGCCCUCAGUAAAGGCGGGUGAUGAGUUUCCUGCGUCACCGCUGGUCAUCACAUAUCACCACUAUGCAUUCUCCACUGGCAAUCACUACAACUCCUGUCGGCCGUUCGAAGCAUGA